AUGAAAGGUACUAGUUCAAAUGCAAUUGUGGCUCCACCUAAGAGGCUAUUAGAUGAUGAGACUUAUUCGAGACUUAUGGGUUUUGUUGCAGGGAUGUGUUCUGGAGUUGCGAAGAACUCAGUUGGUCAUCCCUUUGAUACUGUCAAGGUUAGAUUACAAACCUCUCAAGGCACUGGGCGAUUCCAUGGUCCAUUGGAUUGUGUCUUGAAAACAGUAAGACAACAAGGUAUAAGGGGGUUGUAUUUAGGGUUCACACCACCAUUGUUCGGUUGGAUUAUUAUGGAUUCCGUUCUAUUAGGAAGCUUGCAUAAUUAUAGAAUGUUAUUAAGUAAAUAUGUUUACAACGAUCAUAAAUCACUGCCAUUAUCAGGUUGCAUUAUAAGUGGGGUUAUGUCCGGAUGGACUGUUAGUUUUAUUGCUGCUCCUGUUGAAUUAGCAAAGGCAAAAUUGCAAGUUCAAUACGAUGCCACUACGAGCAAGUAUAAAGGACCAAUUGAUGUUAUUAAAAAAGUGUAUGCGACAAAUGGGAUCAGGGGAUUAUAUAAAGGUUUGAUUAGUACAUUAAUAUUCAGAACUCAUUUUGUUUACUGGUGGGGUUCAUAUGAACUAUUAACAAGAUGGUUUAAAAAAAAUACUAAAUUAAGUGAUCCAGCAAUCAAUUUUUGGGCUGGUGGUCUAAGUGCAUCUUUAGGUUUUUGGACAACGGCAUAUCCAAGUGAUGUUAUAAAGCAAGUGGUAUUAUGUAAUGAUAAAUAUGAUGGCACAUUUAAAUCGUGGAGAGCAGCUGCAACUGAUAUCUACAGAAGCAGAGGCUUAAAGGGGUUCUUUAGAGGAUUUUUACCUAGCUUUUUAAGAUCUUUCCCAACAAAUGCUGCAGCUUUAGCGGCAUUUGAAUUCGUUUUACGUACUAGUGGUGCAAAGAAGGCAUAA